AUGGCGGUCAAGGAGGACAGUCCGCUUUCGCCAAUGCCUCACCCCCUCAAAAUAUUUGAGAAUUGUCGGAAGCAAAACAAGUUUCUGUACGCGUGCGCGCCCAUGGUGCGAUACAGCAAGCUGGCAUUUCGGCAAACUGUUCAUCACUACGGCGCAGAUCUAUGCUGGACACCCAUGAUUCUGGCCAAAGAAUUCAACCGGAAUGAGUUUGCCCGUGAUAGCGAUCUCACUGUAUCAACCAGGCAUCCUCAGCCACCUACUAUAGUUCAGUUCGGAGCCAACGUUCCCCUCGAGCUAGCGCGCGCCUCUUCCCUGGCAGCACCGUUUGUCGCAGGCGUUGAUCUCAAUUGCGGGUGUCCGCAGUCUUGGGCGUGCGCGGAGACGCUCGGCGCUGCACUCAUGGACAAGAGAGAGCUGGUGCGCGACAUGAUUACCGAGACGAGAGAGCGCCUGCGACGGGACGGAUGGCGUGUCCGCCUCGAAGAGGACAUGGAGAGUCCUAAAGGAAGAAGUCUCAGUGUCAAAAUCCGCGUACAUGAUGACCUGAGGAAAACAAUAGACUAUCUCGAUACAGUCAUCGGACAUGCGCAGAACAGAAACGUCGACUGGAUCACCAUCCAUCCCCGAACACGGUACACACCCUCCACCACCCCCAUCUUCAAAGAAUCUCUUGAGAUCUUGCUAGAAAAGUACUCGGCAACUCUACCGAUCCUUCUGUCCGGGGAUAUUUUCGACCUGUCUACUCUACCUAUUCGAAACGCCAGAUCUCCCCGUGUCGACGUGUCCACCCUGACCAUCAGAGACGACGAUGAAUCCUCGCCGCUUGCUUCCCAGACCAACAAGGCCUCUGAGACUCCACUGGCGCCCACACCACCCACGCCUAGCACAACCCACCUUUCGGGAUUCAUGUCUGCGCGAGGGCUCCUCGCUAACCCAGCCCUGUACGCUGGCUACCGUUCGUGUCCAUGGGAGGCGGUCGAGACGCUCAUGUGCAGAAUGGCAAAAGCGCCACUCCCAUAUAAGCUUGCUCUCCAUCAUAUACAAGAAAUGACAGCUCCCGGCAUGGGACCCGACAAGACAGCUUUGCUGUCCAAGAAGGAGAGGGCUGAACUCAACGCUCUAGGCAAUAUGGCUGAACUGGUGGAUUUUUUGGAUCGCAAGGUGGAAGAACAUACUGGUAGAAUAGGUGGUAUGAGGAGAGACCUGUGA